UGGACUCAAUCGCUCAAUCGGAAACAGUUUCUUGUUUUGGCCAUGAAUUUCAACGCUCAAAGCGGACCCGAUGGCCGAGCUCAUCGGUCACUCUCGAAAAAACCGAAGCGAGUCAGUGAUGUUAAUGCCAUGGGUACAUCCAUUCCGUACCCCCAGAUGACAUCACAGAUGCCCAGCAACCAGUACAUGGCCAACGAUCCCCAAAUGCCUCAGUAUAUGAGCAACGAUCCUAACGAUUUUUACGGACAGCAACAUUUACCGCAGCCCCAACCGGCAUACGGAUACAUCCCUCCGCAGCCACAACAACCACAAAUGAACAUACCUCGACAGCCAAAUCAACCGCUUGUGCCGGAAAUGGGUGGUGGUGCGCAGCAGUUUGCCAUGUUCCAGCAACCUAUCGUGCAGGACAUGGCCAUGCAGUACGGCCAGAAGCUGGCCGACCAUGGGAAGGAUAUUGUCCAUAGCCAGAUUGAAAAGUAUUUACCAACAUCCAAGCUGAAGUACUACUUCGCGGUCGACAACAGAUACGUGAUCAACAAACUGAAGAUUGUCUUCUUUCCUUUUCUCCAUAAUGAUUGGAGCAUGAAGUAUGACCAUGAAAACCCGGUACAACCGCGUUGCGAUAUUAAUGCACCCGAUCUGUACAUCCCAGCUAUGAGCUUCAUUACUUACGUCGUGCUAGCCGGCAUUGCUUUAGGGGUGCAACAGAGAUUUUCGUCGGAGCAACUCGGAAUUCAAGCUUCGAGCGCCCUGGCUUACAGUAUCUUUGAAAUGGUAAUCUACACGCUGACCCUGUACAUAGGAAACAUCUCGACCUCGAUCAGUACGUUCGAUCUCCUGGCCUUAACCGGCUACAAGUACACGGCAAUUGUAUCCAUUGUGGCCGCUAGUAUACUGCUGAAGCGCACGGGAUACUACGUAGCACUGAUCUAUUCGUCCGCAAUGUUGGCACUGUUUUUGCUACGGACGAUGAAGGCCAAAGUUCUAGCAGAACCGACGCACGCCGCGAGUACCGUCGGAUAUGAACCGUACGGACAGCAGCAGAACGACCAUCAGGCAGGGCGUAAACGUAAGCUCUACUUCCUGUUCAUGGUGACCGGACUGCAGCCUGUGCUGGCGUUCUGGCUCACGGUACAUUUGAUCGUGGCCGACGCGGUGCCAAGCGCAUAACGGGCACCCGCAUGACCCUUGUUCGAUGCUUUGCCCUCGUGGAACGACAAUUGGUGGAAUAUGUGAAAACACGUUAAAUGGUAAUAAAGUGUAAGUCAAUUUGGUUUUUAUCCUCUCGAAAACGUGUUGCUAGAGACUCUUUGUGCCUAAAUCUGUUUCAAUUGU